AUGUCUGAAGAUGGAGAUGCCUUGGUAAGGCAGAAGUGCUGUUUGCUGGACCCGCUCACGCCUUCGCAGGAGAAGAUUCCGAUAUCUCUGCUGUCUGGGUUCCUGGGAUCGGGGAAGACAACCUUGCUCCAAGAGAUGCUGCAGAACAAGGGAGGGCUGAAAGUUGGAAUCGUUGUCAACGACAUGGCUGCUGUGAACAUUGACUCGAAGCUGGUUAAGACGGAGACCAAGAGGGGGCUGACAUCGUUCGCCGGUGAGCUGGUAGACAGCUCGGAUGUGAUGGAGCUGCAGAACGGCUGUGCAUGCUGCUCAGCGUCGGAGGAGCUCUUGCAGCAGGCGAUCAUGAAGCUGCUGAUCGUCUCAGCGGAGAGAGAAGACCCAUUUGACCGCAUCGUGAUCGAGCUGAGCGGAGUAGCGGAGCCCAAGAACAUCAGGAAGCAGUUCUACGAGAUGGAGUAUGCAGGACACCCCGCGCUCGAUUAUGCGGAGCUGAGGAACAUGGUGACCGUCGUUGACGCCGCAAAUUUCCUGUCCAUGUACCAGUCAGCUGAGGGGAUCCAGGACCGCGCAGACUUGAUCGAAGACGACAACAACAUGGUCUUCACGGACCGCAAGAUCGUCGACCUGCUGACAGAGCAGGUGGAAGUGGCAGACUACGUCCUCCUCAACAAGGCGGACCUGGUGAAUGACGGGCAGAUGGAGCGAUUGAAGAAAAUCGUAUCCUUCCUCAACCCUACAGCUGACAUCAUCCCCUCCAAGUUCGGCAAGGUCGACCUGUCGGUGGUACUGGGCUCUGAAAGGUCCUCCUGGGUUGCCCAGGCCGAUGAUGAGGAUGACUUCCGGUCCGUGGAGGUUCACGGGCAUGAUCACUCUCACACGGAGUGUAACGAUGCGGAUUGCAAGGAUCCAUCUCAUGCUCACGACCACAGUCACGCGCAUGACGCUGCUUGUACCGAUCCCACCUGCACAGACACAUCGCACAGCCAUCAUGCGCAUACCCACGAUGCUGCUUGUGAUGAUCCUGAAUGUACAGAUGCCUCCCACUCCCACUCCCACUCUCACUCUCACUCUCACUCUCACUCUCACUCUCAUAAUGACGACCCCGAAACGAAGUUCGGCAUCACAUCAUUCGUGUACACUCGGCGAAGACCAUUCCAUCCGGAUCGGCUCAAGGCCGUCAUCAAGAUGCUUCCCAUCAAAUCAAGCAGCAGCAGCGGCAAGGAAGGAUGGGUCAUCCCUGGGGUAGCUGCGGGCAGCCGCGAACAAAGCGACAAUCCGAUGAGAAACAUCUUGAGGAGCAAGGGCUUCGUCUGGCUCAGCACGUACCAUCGAGUCGCCCUCUUCUGGUCGCACGCAGGGCAGUUCUUCGACCUCAAAGACUUUGGGAUGUAUUGGGCCGCCACCCCCCUCAAGUUCUGGCCCAAGAGCCAGGAUGAGCUCAAGGAGAUCAUCUCCGACUUUGGCAGCAAAGAGUGCGAGUGGGGGGACAGGCGACAGGAGAUCGUGUUCAUUGGGGUAGACAUGCAGAAAGAGAAGAUCGAAGCACUCCUGGAUGACUGUCUCCUGACUGACGAGGAGAUGGAACUCUAUCGUGAAUCUGCUUCUGAGUUUCCUGAUCUUGUCACCGUCGACUGGUCUGCCGAGCCUCCUCGACCCAGGUUGAGGAAGUGAACCAGCAGGACAUGAGGAUCGAAGGAACUGAGUAGUACCGUAACGAGACAUUCAACGCGCGCUGUUCUUCUGUUCUACACCACAUACAACCUAAAGCAU